CCACAGUAAAAGACUACUACAACAAAUGGAUGAAGACUCCCCCUUCAUUAUGUUCCAGCGGUGGCCCACGGUGCAGGAUCUCGCAGCUGCUACACUUGAGGAGGUGAACCAGAUGUGGGCGGGCCUUGGCUACUAUUCCCGGGGAAAAAGACUUCAUGAAGGAGCUCAGAAGGUCGUGACGGAGCUGAAGGGACAGAUGCCUCCGACAGUUGACGGCCUGCUGAAACAGUUACCUGGUGUGGGACGUUACACUGCUGCAGCUAUAGGCUCUAUUGCACUGGGACAGGUUACUGGAACCGUGGAUGGCAAUGUGAUUCGAGUGCUGUGUCGCCUGAGGGCCAUCGGAGCCGACAGCACAAGUCCUGCAGUAACAGAGGCACUUUGGGGUCUAGCCAAUACCCUGGUGGACCCAGAGAGACCCGGGGACUUUAACCAGGCCAUGAUGGAGCUGGGAGCACGCGUCUGCACCCCUAAAGGACCGGUGUGCAGCCAGUGUCCCGUACAGUCUCACUGCCACUCUUACCGCAAGGUUCGUGUCAAACAAGAGCAAAACUCCAAGAAGCUUGUGUGGAAGAGGGAGACGAAGACUUCAGCCAUGCCUGAUAUAGAAGACUGUGUGACCUAUGGGACGUGUCCGCUGUGUCCCUCCGAGCCAUGGGACGAUGAGUUGGGCGUUCAGAACUUCCCCAGAAAGCCGGCAAAGAAGCCACCCCGAGUGGAGCGAACUCUGACCUGCGUGGUGAUCAGACCCGGAGAGGAGGGAGAGGACGAGUACCUGCUCACACAGAGACCAGACAAAGGUUUGUUGGCAGGCUUGUGGGAGUUUCCGAGCCUGCUGCUGGAGGAGGAGAGCUCUGAGAUGAAACAGAAGAGGGCGCUGUGCGCUGAGAUCAGCAGGAUACUGGGAACUCAUCUGACUGAGAGCUCCUUCCAGUACGUCGGACAGGUGGUGCACAUCUUCUCCCACAUCCACCAGACUUACAUGGUGCACAGUGUGCGUCUGACGGACGGUGGAACCCAAACACAGACUGAAAAUACACAGUGGCUCACCAGAUCUGCUCUGCACGAAGCUGCCGUGUCCACAGGAGUGAAAAAGAUUGUGAAGCUUCAUGUUUCUGUGGACAGACAAAAAGAAGAAACAUCUAAGGAUGGAAAGAAGCAAAACACCACUGGUAUAAAGAAUAACAAGAAACCACCGACCUCAAAAAAACCCAAACUGGGCGCAGCAGCUAAGAGCACAGGCAGACAGCUCACCCUCAGCUCCUUCUUCAAGGAAGUCAAAGAGGAAUCUUGAUGGAACUGUGUGUCAAAGUCCUAUGUGGUGCCUUUCCAUGGAUAUGAGCAACCCUGUUUCCACAUCAAGAUAUUCUUUCGGUGCCCUGGUCGCCUCACUGGGUAUGAAAUACAAAAUGCCAUCAAAUUAUUUUAGAGAGAGAUCAGUUUUUAAAUAUUUAUAAAAUGAAACAAAAACAACAACAAAAAUCUAUAUAUUGCUUAUUAGAUAUUCCUGUAGGGAUUGUUAGUGCAUCAGCAAUGUAUUUUGAUUUUUUUAAUGACGUCAUUGCAGGUAAUGUUUUUAUCACUAUAUUAUGACUAUGUGAACUUUUGUUGUUUCAUCUGUAUGACAUCCUAAAAUUCACUGAAGGAUUAUCAUCAUCAUUUUGUGGCAACUGACUGACUGGCUACACAUUUUACAAACAUUUUGUAUAAUGAUUUUAAUGUGUAAUACCACAAUAAAAUUGCAAUUUUAUUGGGGGAAAAAAUCCACCCAGUGCAGAUCCAGACUUGAGACAAACACGGGGCUUCCUUCCAGCUGGGGGCACGUGAGACCUGUUGUUUAGCUUCCAAUCAAAACCGUACAAAAUUUCUUUGUAUUAUAAAAAAAUGUUUUUAUGUUAGAAUUACAUUAUUUCUUUGUUUUCUACAAUUUUUUUUGUGAUAAGUUGGUAUGUCGUUACCUCUCAGAGGUUGUUAUAACGGGAAAAAGUCCAGUUAAAGCCUGAAGAGAGGAAUCAGAAACUGACAGUGGCUCCUUUUACACAAACUUAAACUUAAAUGCUUGGGAUGAUUUGUGAUAUUCUACUGCUGCUGAGCUCAUAAAAU